GAGUACAAAGGAUCUGUUGUCACACGGCCGGGGCGCCAGAUCGUUUUCGGGCCAACUGUCAGUUUGGUUUCUCGAGGCUCUCGGCGCGGGCGGACAUUCCUCGUGCGUUUUUAAAUGUGACUCUACGGGGGACGAUCUACGUUUGUAUAAUUUUAAGUGACACUUGUGAUACACGCGCGAUUCAGAAUGGCUCAGCGUCCUCAGAACUAUGGGUCUACGGAUCAACGGGUGGAUGUACCUGAAAUAGGAUUUAGUCCUACUGAGCUUUAUAGUCUCUGUGAAAAUAUUACCACUAACAUAUAUACCAUUAAUGCAAGUUGGAAAGUUUUGGAAAGAGCUUAUAAAAAUAUUGGAACCAGCAAGGAUAAUCAAGGAUUGAGAGACAAAGUACAUGUAACACAAUCUAGUACCAAUCAGGUGGUCACACAGAUAAGCAAGGACAUAGCGAGACUGACGAUGCUGAUGAGACGUGGGGACAAACAGCAAAAGUUACAAAUUGAAAAACUCACAACAGAUUUUAAAGAUGCAUUACAAAGAUAUUCCGAUAUGCAGAAGUCAAUUGUUGAGAAGAUGAAGAGACAUAUUUUAACUAUGACCAAUAUAGAAAAUUCAAUGGAUGAGGAUGAGGCUGAGGAGACACACCGCCUACUUCUAGUACAGGAACAAGAGCACAGAACUACACAAAGGACACUCGAAUUUCAACACGGGCUACUCUUAGAGAGAGAGGAUAGGAUAAAACGUAUUGAGGGCGAUAUUUUGGAUGUGAAUCAAAUUAUGCGCGAACUCGCAGCACUGGUACAUCGACAAGGUGAUACUAUUGAUACAAUUGAUAACCAUAUAGAGAAUAUACACGGCAAUGUCGAGCUAGGAGCGCAGGAACUGGAGAAGGGAAGUAAUUACCAAAGUAAAUUUCGCCGGAAAGUUUAUAUCUUGUUGUUACUUGCGAUUAUAGUUGCCAUUGUAUUAACUGUUAUUCUAGUCAUUAAAUUAAGUUAGCGACCCUAGCCUUUGCGCGGGUCUUACUAAUUAAUGAAAAGGGUUGUCUCAAUCUGUCUCAUAUGUCGUUUGAAAGUAGUUUCUUCAAGGACCAUCUCGUUUUGCCCGUUUCUGUAUAUUGGAGAUGUAACACGAGGAGAGUAUAGAGACUUAUUUUAUAUCUGCUUACG